CAAUCGAUCAUCCCCUAUAAAUCCCCCAUCCCAUUGCCAUGCAUAGAGGCAGCACAUCAACGAUCGAACGAACAACGCACUCUGCAGCUAGCUAUACAAUCUCUGUUUAAUUAGCUAGGUAGCUAGCGAGUCAUAAAUCAAGAAGCCAUGGACUUUUACGGGCGGCGCGAGCAGUACGGCGGGUAUGGCGGGUACGGUGGCGGCGGCGCCCUGGCGACGCCGGGGUACGCGCCGGCGGCGCCGUACGGGAUGUCGCAGGUGAACAUCGAGGGGAACGGGUGUGGCAGGACGCUGCCGCCGCAGCCGACGGUGAAGGUGUACUGCCGGGCGAACCCGAACUACGCGAUGACGGCGCGGAACGGCGCGGUGGUGCUGGCGCCGGCGAACCCCAAGGACGAGUACCAGCAUUGGAUCAAGGACAUGAGGUGGAGCACCAGCAUCAAGGACGAGGAGGGCUACCCUGCCUUCGCCCUCGUCAACAAGGCCACCGGCCAGGCCAUCAAGCACUCCCUCGGCCAGUCACACCCUGUGAGGCUGGUGCCGUACAACCCGGAGGUGAUGGACGAGUCGGUGCUGUGGACGGAGAGCCGCGACGUGGGGAACGGGUUCAGGUGCAUCCGCAUGGUGAACAACAUCUACCUCAACUUCGACGCCUUCCACGGCGACAAGUACCACGGCGGCGUCCGCGACGGCACCGACAUCGUGCUCUGGAAGUGGUGCGAGGGCGACAACCAGCGCUGGAAGAUCCAGCCCUACUACUGAGCUGAUCGAUACAUCGAUCCAGCUCUCUAUCAAGGCUCAAGUUGAUAUCAACGAAUCUGGUGCAGAAUAAUUAUUCUCUGCUAGCUACCCACCUAUAUACGUAGCUAAGAGUAACUUAUGCUCGUCCGUACCGUAUGAUUAUCGUGUGGUGUGCUUGUAUCUUGUACAAGUUAAUUAAUUACCUGGCAAUAAGAGCUCCUCUCGCUGGGCGACACAUAUAUAAACACAUACAGUUGGGGCUUGAUUCAA